AUGGUACCACGUCGAGGACCGUUGACCUUUGUCUCAAGCGGUAAAAAGGAUUGGGUGAAUCCUUUAAUUUCACCUGGUGGAAAAAGGAACUUUGCCAAAGGGACCUUCUCAAUUGGGAGACAAAUGAGCAUAGACUUUCUUAGCGGCUCUCUGAAGUCCCUUACCUACCGAUCAGUGAUGCACAUAGAGAAAGAUGUUCUGUACUUCUGUCCGCAAGUGGCAAAAACUGAUCACCUGAAGCUUGUGGGCCCUGUUAUACUGAAUGGGAUUCUGAAGUUACUUGAUAAUUAUUCAAGUUUAGAAUCAGAUGCUAUUGCUAGGGACAUCAAAACAUUUUCUUUUCAAGCAAUUGGAUUACUUGCGCAGCGUCUGCCCCAUCUCUUUAGGGACAAGAUUGAUAUGGCUGUUCGUCUUUUUGAUGCAUUGAAAGCUGAGGCGGAAUCUCUUCGUUUCGUUAUCCAAGAAGCAACCAGUUCUCUUGCUGCUGCAUACAAGACCACUUUUGUGCCACUAGCAGCUGUUGCAACCACCGUUAUUGCUGUUGCCACCAAUACUGCCAUUUGCUUUGCUGUACUGUUCUCAUCACCACUGAUACAAAUGGUUUUGUGGGGUGCUGGGUAUAAGCAGAUGAGGAAAAAGUGCAGUGGUUUGCUGUCCAUGCAGGCAGAGCAAGGAUGCUGUAUUACAGAGGACUUCAUUGCCCAAGUCGAUUUAUAUGUAUGCUUGGAGUAG